AAAUUUUAUUGAACGUUUACAAAAGCAGCAGUGUUCGGUGAAAGGACGGUGGUCUUUUUCGUUUCAACAAAAAGUAGCUGAUUGCAAACGAAAUUCUUUUCCGUAUUAAUUCUUAAACAAAGAACAAAAUGAAUGAAGAAUACGAUGCAAUUGUUUUGGGAACCGGUCUAAAGGAGUGCAUUUUAAGUGGUAUGCUUUCCGUGUCUGGCAAGAAGGUAUUGCAUAUCGACCGAAACAAGUACUAUGGUGGUGAAUCGGCUUCUAUAACACCUUUGGAAGAACUUUUCCAACGUUUUAAUAUCGAGGUCCCCGGUGAUAAAUAUGGGCGCGGCCGCGAUUGGAACGUGGACUUAAUUCCAAAAUUCUUAAUGGCUAAUGGACAGCUGGUAAAAUUGUUAAUACAUACGGGCGUCACCCGUUACCUCGAAUUUAAGUCCAUCGAGGGUAGUUACGUCUAUAAGGGAGGAAAAAUUGCAAAGGUUCCCGUUGAUCAAAAGGAAGCUUUGGCAUCCGAUUUAAUGGGAAUGUUUGAAAAACGACGUUUUCGAAACUUCUUAAUUUAUGUCCAAGAUUUUAAAGAAGAUGAUCCAAAGACCUGGAAGGACUUUGAUCCUGUCAAAUCGAAUAUGCAAGCCCUAUACGACAAAUUCGGAUUGGACAAGAACACACAAGAUUUUACUGGACAUGCGUUGGCGUUAUUCCGGGAUGAUGAAUACUUGAACGAGCCAGCCGUUAAAACCAUUCAGCGUAUUAAAUUGUAUUCAGAUUCUUUGGCUAGAUAUGGAAAAUCACCAUAUCUCUACCCCAUGUAUGGUUUGGGCGAAUUGCCACAAGGCUUUGCUCGUCUGUCGGCCAUUUAUGGCGGAACAUACAUGUUGGACAAGCCUAUUGAUGAAAUUGUCUUGGGUGAGGGUGGCAAGGUCGUUGGAGUUCGUUCCGGUGACGAAGUUGCUAAAUGCAAACAGGUCUAUUGCGACCCAAGCUAUGUUCCAGAUAAAGUACGAAAGAAGGGCCAAGUUAUACGCUGCAUUUGUUUGUUGGACCAUCCAAUUGGUAAUACUAAAGAUGCUUUGUCCACACAAAUUAUCAUUCCACAAAAACAAGUCGGUCGCAAAUCAGAUAUUUAUGUUUCGUUGGUUAGCCAUGCCCAUCAAGUUGCUGCCAAAGGCUGGUUUGUCGGUAUGGUAUCUACAACUGUAGAAACCGAUCAACCAGAAAAUGAAAUUAAGCCAGGAUUGGACCUAUUAGAACCUAUUGCACAAAAGUUCAUUUCGAUCUCCGACUAUUUUGAACCCAUUGACAAUGGUAACGAUUCUCAAAUUUUUAUUUCGGAAUCUUACGAUGCUACUACACACUUUGAAACAACUUGCCUCGAUGUUUUGGAUAUUUUUAAGCGAGGUACAGGCGAAGAUUUCGAUUUCUCCAAGAUUAAGCACGAAUUGGGCGAUGAGGAUCAGUAAAUUUCUAGAUACAUUCUAUUACAACACA